AUGGUGCGAGUUCAGAUCCUGACGGCUGCUACUGCCUUGCUGCAUAUUGCUCAGGCAGGAUGCCCUUACAUGGAUGGUGACGCUGUCGUUCGCCGAGAUGACAAUGCUGCGUCGACUGACGAUUUCAUGGGCCGCUACGAGGUUGACGACAGCGAUGUGUACAUGACAAACCCGGUCGGUGGUCCAAUCGAGGAGCAAGAGAGUCUCUCAGCUGGCGAGCGUGGUCCAACACUUCUGGAGGACCAAGCAUUCCGAAGAAAGAUCAUGCAUUUCGACCACGAGCGCGUCCCGGAGCGUGCUGUCCACGCAAGAGGAGCCGGAGCCCACGGCACCUUUGUUUCUUAUGGCGAUUACUCAAACAUCACUGGCGCAUCUUUCUUGGGCUCGUCAGGAAAGGAGACACCGAUCUUCAUGCGAUUCUCCACUGUUGCCGGAUCAAGAGGCAGUGCCGACACAGUGCGAGAUGUGCACGGAUUCGCUGUUAGGUGGUACACUGACGAGGGAAACUUCGAUAUUGUUGGAAACAAUAUUCCGGUCUUCUUCAUCCAAGAUGCAAUCAAAUUUCCCGAUCUGAUCCAUGCCGUCAAGCCAAAACCAGACUCUGAGAUCCCACAAGCGGCCACUGCGCACGACUCCGCUUGGGACUUCUUUUCCCAACAGCCCAGUUCCAUGCACACACUUCUGUGGGCAAUGUCAGGACACGGUACCAUCAGGUCUUACAGGCAUACCGAUGGGUGGGGAGUUCACACCUUCCGCUUCGUGACCGACCAAGGCAAAUCCAAGCUCGUAAAGUUUCGCUUCAGGUCGCUACAAGGCAAAGCUUCUUUGCUGUGGGAAGAAGCGCAAUUGACCGCAGGCAUGAACGCCGACUUCCACCGCCAAGAUCUGUUCGACAGUAUCCAGCAAGGAUUUUUCCCAGAAUGGGUGUUCGAGGCUCAAAUUAUGGAAGAAGAGGAUCAGCUUCGAUUUGGCUUCGAUCUUCUAGAUCCUACCAAGAUUGUACCUGAGGAUAUCGUGCCCUUCACUCCGCUCGGAAAGUUGACCUUGAACCGGAACCCACGCAACUACUUUGCUGAGACAGAGCAAAUCAUGUUCCAGCCUGGACACUUAGUUCGCGGAAUUGAUCUGACGGAAGACCCUCUGCUUCAAGGAAGAAUGUUCUCUUACCUUGAUACGCAGCUGAACCGCAAUAUGGGUGGCCCUAACUUCGAGCAAAUUCCUAUCAACCAGCCUCGCGUACCUGUGCACAACAACGAAAGGGAUGGCGCCGGCCAGAUGUACAUACCUCUCAACACGGCAGCCUACUCUCCAAACACGUUGAACAAAGGAUCUCCGCGACAGGCAAACCAAACUAGCGGACGUGGCUUCUUCACAGCCCCCAGCCGCUCCACAAGUGGAAAGAUUGUCCGAUCCGUGUCCAGCACAUUCGCGGAUGUCUGGAGCCAGCCUCGCCUGUUCUUCAACUCGCUUCUGCCUGUCGAGCAACAAUUCGUGGUCAACGCCAUGAGAUUCGAGACCUCGCAGCUGAAGAGCGAUGUUGUCAAGAACAACGUGCUUAUCCAGCUCAACCGCAUCUCUCACGACAUUGCAGUAAGGGUGGCAGAAGCGCUGGGUAUGACCGCGCCGGAAGCAGAUGACACUUACUACCAUGACAACAAGACGAUUGGAGUUAGCGCUUCUGGUGAGCCAUUGCUCAAACUGGAUGGCCUGAAGGUCGGCUACCUUACUACUGCAUCCUCCUCUGGCGAAAACGCACAGGCCAUGAAGUCAGCUCUUGCUGACCUCAAGGUUGGAAUGACUGUUGUAGCCGAGCAUCUUGGCAGCGAUAUCGAUCAAACCUACUCGGCUACAUCCGCCAUCCAGUUUGAUGCUAUCAUCGUCGAUGGUAGCGCAGAGAGCCUCUUCGCACCCGCCGCCAGCCUGGCCAACUCCAACUCAACUGCUUCGCCCCGCAACGCGACCAGCAACGCCCGUUCGACUCUCUACCCUGCCGGUCGCCCACUCCAGAUUCUACAAGAUGGAUACCGCUUCGGUAAGCCCAUCGCUAUGCUCGGUUCCAGCAACAACACUGCUUUCAGCGCGGCCGCUAUCGAAGCAUCUACUCCCGGCGUCUACAGUUCCAGCGACAUGUCCACCGUCGUAGAUCAGCUAUCUGAGGGUCUUCGCACAUUCAAGUUCUUGGACAGAUACCCUCUCGAUAACUAG